CCCGGAGCAGUGCGCAGGCGCGGGCGGCCAUUUGUGGCAGCGGAGCUCGGCCGGUGGCUCUCGGAGACUCGUCCCGGACCCGGCGGAACGAGCAGCGGCGCGCCCGAAGAGUCCCGACCCCCGGAGCCCUCGGAGGAAUAAUAUAAAAUACAGGAAACAUGUCUCGAAGAUAUGACUCGAGGACCACUAUAUUUUCACCAGAAGGUCGCUUGUACCAGGUGGAAUAUGCUAUGGAAGCUAUUGGACAUGCAGGCACUUGUUUGGGCAUUUUAGCAAAUGAUGGUGUUUUGCUUGCUGCAGAGAGACGAAACAUUCACAAGCUUCUGGAUGAAGUCUUUUUUUCAGAAAAGAUUUACAAACUCAAUGAGGAUAUGGCUUGCAGUGUGGCAGGCAUAACUUCUGAUGCUAAUGUUUUAACCAAUGAACUGAGACUCAUUGCUCAAAGGUACCUAUUACAGUAUCAAGAACCUAUUCCUUGUGAGCAGUUGGUUACAGCACUGUGUGAUAUCAAGCAAGCUUAUACACAGUUUGGAGGAAAGCGGCCUUUUGGUGUUUCACUGUUGUACAUCGGCUGGGAUAAGCAUUAUGGUUUCCAGCUGUAUCAGAGUGACCCCAGUGGCAAUUAUGGAGGCUGGAAGGCCACAUGCAUUGGGAAUAACAGUGCGGCAGCCGUGUCGAUGUUAAAGCAAGACUACAAGGAAGGAGGAAUGACUCUGAAAUCGGCGCUUGCUUUAGCAAUUAAAGUGCUGAAUAAAACCAUGGAUGUUAGUAAACUUUCUGCUGAAAAAGUUGAAAUUGCAACAUUAACAAGAGAAAAUGGGAAGACGACAAUAAGAGUUUUAAAACAGAAAGAAGUAGAACAAUUGAUUAAGAAACAUGAAGAGGAAGAAGCAAAAGCAGAACGUGAGAAGAAGGAAAAAGAACAGAAAGACAAGGAUAAAUAGAAUCUGAAAUCAGGAUUUUUUUUUUAUAGAUAACCUUAGGGUUCCUUUUCAGCUUAAAAAGCUGUUCUUAAACUUCCACAUGGAGGAAGUCUCAGCCUGAUUUUUCUUAGCCUCUUCUGUGAGGAAAUAGGACAUUACUUACUGGGUGGGGUCCUUGUCAUUUCUGUGCCACUCAAUACUUGACUGUAAUGAUGAUCAUUCCUUACGGACAUCCUACAUCCACUUUUUGAAUAAAACUUGGAAAGAAUGGGAA